AUGGUGUUGUUCAUUCCGCAGUUGCACGAGUUACCCCGGCCGUCGUUUUUGGAGAAGACGCUGGAAGAGCUGAACAUUGGUUCCUACGAGAACGUAGCCGUGGCUCACGAGUCGACGCCCAUCAUCGAGGCCCUGAAGCUGUUUAUUGACCGUCGCGUGUCCGCGUUGCCGGUCCUCGACGAGCACGGAAAGCUCCGGAACAUCUACGCCAAGUUUGACGUGAUUAACCUGGCAGCCGCGAAGACUUACGACAACCUGGACAUGACCUUGAAAGAAGCGAAUGCGCACCGACAUGACUGGUUCGAAGGUGUUCAGACGUGCUGCAAAACGGAUUCUCUGGGAAAUGUGCAUCGCCUCGUUGUCGUGGACAAGAACGACUCAGUCGUGGGCGUCGUGUCGCUGUCUGAUAUUUUGAAAUACCUCGUAUUGGAUCCCGCAGUCAAGACGGACGGUUUGCGGAAGGACUCCGAGGUGUUCGCUGAAGAGACGUCUGAGAACGUAGAGCUGUGUGGCCGGCGCUCCUGUUCCCCGGCACCCCAUUCCGACUCAACU